AUGUGUACCUCAAACGAAACACUGUCAUAUUUAUCAACCACACCAUGCAUGUUUGAUCCACAUUCUUUUAUUAAUCACCUCCAUUACAACUCUUAUCAAGAAGAACCUCCAAAUUAUCAGCGAUAUCAUCAUCUUGGCGAUGUUCGAACAUGUGAAAGUCCCAGUCAUCCAAAGACUGAUAAUAAACUAAAACGUGAAUGUGUUAAGGAUGAGGAUGAUGAAGACAGCGGUGAAGGGAAUGAUAUUAGAGAACAGGUGAAUGAUACGAAAAAGCGUCAACGUCGGUUGCGAACGCAUUUCUCAGCAACACAGCUACAGCAAUUGGAAACAACAUUUUCUUAUAAUCUCUAUCCAGAUCUUACGCUUAGAGAAGAUCUUGCACAAUUGAUCAAUUUAACAGAAGCAAAAGUUAAGGUUUGGUUUAAAAAUCGACGGGCAAAAUGGAGAAAACGGCAAAAAAAAGCAAAUUAUUCAUUGAAUAUUCAGCCAUUAGUAUAUCAAGAAUGGAAAGCAAAAUCUCCUCCACUUUCAACAUCCUAUGAUUCAUGGACAUCAACGACAACCUUCACAUCUUCACCAAUGAGUUCGUCUAUCUAUUAUCCAACAUCAUCUAAUUAUUCAUCAAAUGAUCUGCAUCCAUUGACACAAGCUUUACAACAUAAAGCUACAAUGAACGAAUCAUGUUUUCAGCUAUACGAUUCAAAUUAUCUUCCGUACACAAAUAAUACGUUCAUAAACAGUUGUACUGCCACUAAUCUGAAUACGUGA